AUGUCCUCUCAACCAUUUACGAAGAAAGUUAUCGCUCUCACAGGCUCAGCUUCCGGCAUCGGCCUCGAAACAGCAAAGUUACUUGCAAGUCGUGGAGCGAGAUUGUCACUUGCAGAUAUCCAAGAAGACAAAUUGAAGGAACUUCAAGCGCAGCUGGAAUCAGAGUACCAUGUGGACGUGAUUAUCACUAAGGUCGAUGUAAGAAAGUUCGAAGAGGUGGAAGCAUGGAUUAACAAGACCAUAGACAACUUCGGAACGCUAGAUGGCUCAGCCAAUCUGGCUGGUGUUGCUCCGAAGUCUAUUGGACUGAAAGGCAUCGUCGAACAAGACUUGGACGAGUGGGAGUUUGUCUUGGGAGUCAAUUUGACCGGGACAAUGAACUGUUUAAAGGCUCAGCUGAAAGUAAUGGCUAGCAACGGCUCAAUCGUGAACGCUUCCUCAAUUCGGGGAACAUCUGGAGCAGCAAACAAUGCCUCUUAUUCUUCGGCUAAGCAUGGGAUCAUCGGGCUCACAAGAACGGCAGCAAAGGAAGUAGGUGGGAAAGGAAUUAGAGUGAAUGCAAUUUGUCCGGGCCGUAUUUCAACACCAAUGCUAAAGACUGCGGAAAACUUGAUUGGUCUUCACCUGCAGCCUGGAACUGCAAAUUACCCACCAAUUGCACUGGGGAGAGACGGAGAAGCUAAGGAAGUUGCUCAGCUGGUCGCAUUUCUGUUGAGUGAUGAGUCGAUGUACAUCUCAGGAGCUGACAUUAGCAUUGAUGGCGGAUGGAAAUGUUAGACGAAGUAGAUGACCGAGCUAGUUGUGUGCUCUCGCUCGAGAUGUUCAUGAGGAAGAACAGCUUGUAAUCUAGAAUCUUACUUCCGAGCUCUACACUCUUUUAGUGAACUCCAUCAUUAAAAUUGAGAUGUCAAGUUUUGUGGAUUGCUGCCAGUGAAAGACCAUAUUCUGCCCCUG